AUGCCCGUUCCAGUGAAUACCGGCCAUGCUGGCCCCUCCAAUUUUGAUAAAGCGAAAAUGGGAGCUAUGAUGGGAGGAAGAACCGUGAACAUUUUCAGAUACGGAGCCGGACCGAACGGUAUCAUGCGGACACUCGGACAAUAUAUGCUGGGAUCUGGCGCAACAUUUGGCUUCUUCAUGUCGAUCGGCAGUGUUAUACGAUCCGAUGCGUCCCCGAUUGUUCAACAAGCUUAUGCGAAUGCACGAAGGCGGCCUAUGAUUAUGCAACAAGCCUACAAGGCCCCCUUUCCUCGAAACUAA